CUGUGAUUGGGAGAGGGCUGGUGACGUGAUGGCAGACCUGCUUUAUAGCUCUGCUAUAAACACUGCUGCGUCUGUUCCUGCCCUGAAAGCCCCAGCUGGGAUCUUGGCUGCCCCACGGCGAGAUGGCAAGCCCCCUGCUCCUUCUGCUCUUGCUCAUCCUUGCCUCAGCCCAGGGAGGCCUUAUCUUCAAUUUGGACAAUGGGGAGCUGUGCCUGCAGAGCGCUCAGUGCAAAAGCAGCUGCUGCCACAGGACUAGCGGGUUAAGCCUGGCUCGUUGUGCAAACCAAGCAGCCGAGAAUCAGGAGUGUUCCCCGAAGAGCAUCUAUGGGGUUUACUACAAGUGUCCCUGUGAGAAUGGCUUAACCUGCGAGGCUGAUAAGAGCAUCGUGGGAUCCAUCACCAAUACCAACUACGGCAUCUGCCAGGAUCCUGGGCGCUCGUCCAAGUAAAAAUGGAAUAGCAGCAUGGGAAAUGUACCCCUUCCCACACCACGCCCCACAGCCGUCACCUCUUCCCAUACCACGCCCCACAGCUGUCACCCCUUCCCACACCGCCCUCCCCAGCCAUCACCUCUUCCCAUACCAUGCCCCACAGCCAUCACCCCUUCCCACACCGCGCCCCACAGCUUCACCCCUUCCCACACCGUGCCCCACAGCCGUCACCCCUUCCUGCACCGCGCCCCACGGCCGUCACCCCUUCCCACACUGCGCCCCACAGCCGUCACCCCUUCCCGUACCCCACAGCUGUCACCCCUUCCCACACGUGUGUCCCACAGCCGUCACCCCUUCCUACACCAUGCACUAUAGCUGUCAUUCCUUCCCACGCAUGCACCUCACAGAUGUCACCUCUUCCUACACAGCUCCCUAUAGCCGUCACCCCUUCCCAAGCAUGCAACCCACAGCCAUCACCCCUUCCCACACAAUGCCCUACAGUCAUCACCCCUUCUCACAAACACAACCCACAACCAUCACCCCUUCCCACACAUGCACCCCACAGCUGUCAUCCCUUCCCACAAAUAUAACCCUCCUUUUCAACAUAACUACUGGGCACACCAAGCACUCCUUCCAUGUUCCUUCCCCUCUCCCCUCACCUCAUAGAUACUCGCCUAGUUCCGUCCUUAUCUCCCAUACAAAACAUCCCCCUUCCACCCACCCCCACUGAUCCCUCGUGCUGUCACUGACACCUGCACCUGUCCCUCCACAUAGACCACCUGUGCUCUGCGCUGCCGGAGUCACACGGCACGGCCUGUGAGCAGCAGGAGUCCCUCUGUGCUGGAUCUAACG